CGGUGGCGCGGGAGCCGCCUAACUGCCCCUCAGUGCCCGGCCUCGCGCAGGGAGGCGGCGGCUGCGGCCCGGCCGGCGGCGGCGGCCCGGCCGGCGGCGGCGGCCCGAAGAGGCUUUGCCCGGUGCCUGAGAGCCCCGGGUGGAGAAAGUGGAAAGGAAGGACUGUAGCCCCGCCGGGCGUGGCAAUCACAUCUUCUGAUUCUUUGAAGCUCAGUGCACCAGCUGCAAAGUCUCUGAAAGGAUGAGAGAAGGAUGCAAGUGCCCAGUGUAGAUUUGCCCAUUGCUGUGUGGCAAUGUGCAGGUUCAGUGUGUGCUACUCUUCCUGGGCAGUGCUUACUAUGCUACAGACACUGUAGUUGUUGAGCAGAGGGCAGCUGUGAGGGCAGCUGUUGCUGAGGGGUUGUUGCAGAAUCAGUCAGGGAACCCACUGGAGCAGCAAGGGCAGAAAUUGCAGGGUUAAGGAGCCAUGUGUGUGUGAAGACAUGUACUGGCUGUGCUGUCUGUACGGGUGCAGGGACAUGGAUGUACCUGUAUGUGAAUAUAAGUGUGCAGAGCAAGAGGUACAGUUGGGUUAGUGAAGUGCUGAGUAUAUAUAAAGUGAAAACUGUUCAAGGAAGGUUGCAGAAAAGGACUUGAUGCUGUGCCUCCUUGUCUGGCCCUGGAGCUGGACUGUUGUGAAGUUGGGUGCAGAAAGGGAGAGCCUGAAGUGUGUGUGGUGACAUCUGAAAUGAGCUGAGGGUUGGCAUUUCUCUUUCUUUUGGACAUGGUGUGUUGUUGCCCUGGGUGACUUCCCCAGGAAGGGAAGUGGUGAUGGGAGAGAGUCUGUUGUGCGGAGAGCAGUGCAAACCAGCCUUUCAUGGGGCCCCUUGUGGCAGCGCUGCAGAUUUGAGAGAGCCUCAUGCAGGUACGCGGGCAGCAGUUGCUCACCUUGGUGUGCUGGAGGAGGGGCACUCUGGUGCUGUGCCUAGAGCUGGAGCAUCUUGAGGAGCGCAAGGUGACCUUCUCCCAAAGCACUGGCUCUGCUCAUGUUGCACAUUAGCUGCUGGGGGGUGAGGAUGAGGUGUUUGAGGUGCACCAGUGUGCUGUGCUCGGUGUUGGACUGGAGGCUGUGUGCAGCACACACUUUGAAAGCAGUGUUGUUGCUGGUUGUGUGAGAGCUCUGUGCGGUUUUGGUCCACGGUCAUGGCAGGGAGGUUCCUGUGGCAGGAGUGUCCCUGCAGUGAGUGAGCACCUAGGAGGAGGACUCUCAGCUGGGAGCACAGAGCCUGCCCUGCAGCACUUGUGUCUGUGCUCUCCAGUGUCCCAUGGGUGUAGCUGGAUGUUCCUGGAGAAGUCCCAAGUGUGUGCAGGCCUGUGAGUUGGGGGGCUGGGAGGGCUUUAGGUAGUGCUGGCUCUGGCCUGGAAACCGCCUCCCACGCUGCCCAGAAUUCCUGUUCCAGAGUCCUCGCUGGAAGGUUUCUGCCACUAUUUUGUGGGAGGGAGAUGCCAUUUUAUUCAGUGUCGCAGCUCCUGCUUCCUUGUACCAGGAAACACUCAGAUAUCAAUAUAUUUAUAUGCAGCACAUGCAUGGGGUAUGUAGAUAGUUAGAGUUGUAUGUAUGAAGGAAAGAAUCGGUAGAUUUGUACUUAGAUACACUAAAUAUAUAUAUUUCUAGAGGUAUAUGAAUGAGACAUUUGUAAUGGUAAAAACAUAAGCCUGAGGUAGCUAAAGCAGUCUUUCUUGAGGGCUGAUGGAACAAAUCUAUAGAUUUGAAUGAAAUGCAUUGCAGAAAGAUAAAAGGCAGGUUCAGGCCUUCUGCUUUGGUGGCUGUAGAAAAAGCACUGAGCUGUUUGGAGAACAGGCAGGAGGCAUCACAGAGCACUGGGACAUGCCUGAGGGCUGUGGAACUGUGUUAGGUGGCUGCCAGGCAGGCCUCAGCAAGCACCGUGUCACGUCCCCCGAACAUGGAUCGAGGUCUGUCCCUCGAUCCAGGCUGAGAAGGCUCCAUGCCUGGGCAGAGCCUAGUGGGAUGGUCAUGCAGUGCAUAUCCCUGAUGCUGGCUCUGGGCAUCCCUGGCCCUACCAGACAUGAGCCACACAGGCUGAAAAAACAGAAGGCCAGAACAAAAUCCCUAUGUCAGAGGAUCACAUGCGUGGGGACUUAUGUUGUUUUCUCUCUGAAGAUUCUGUGGAGCCGAGACAGGGGUGUAAGUGAAGAUGCAGGAGCCAGAAUGUGUUGCAAAAGCCUUGCGAGCUGUUCUUCUUGCCUUUCAAAAUGGCAUACGUUUGUCAGAACUUCAGAGUGAAUACAGAUCCCUGACCAAUGAGUUGAUUCCCUUCAGGCACCUAGGAUAUGACACACUGGAAGGCUACUUGGAAAGUAUCCCAGGAGUGGUCAGAAUGGAAGAGAACAAAAUAGGAGAGGUCAUUUGCCAUGGUGUUUGUUGCAGUGAAACUGUACAAAUUGCUCAACUGGUGGCUAGACAGAGGAGUUCCAAGAAGAAAACAGUCCGGCAGGUGAAUUGUCAGAUGAGGCUGAAGAACACAUCUCCGGUCAGUUUAUCAGGAAAACCUAAAGGAACUCUGCGGCAGCCCCAGUCUUUGAACAUGACAGAAGGAGGUGGUAAGAGGCCUGUUCCUCGCCUGUCCCGAGGCAGAGAAGUGGCAUGUGGAGGUGUGAAACCUGUUGUGGAGAGUGCCCGAUCUGCCUUACCUUCAGCUGCUGGGAGUGGAUCACCUAAAGAAAUCCCCAUGCAGAGACAUGUCACUGUGGUCAACAGAUCUGAGAAGAGACUGACUGUCCCACCAUGGUUUCAAAAGGAGUUGCAAGUUCACCUGUCCAGAAGCUCUUCCACGGAGUCAAGUGAUAGCUUGAAUACAUCCACUGCAGAGACGCAUAUUGUUGCCCCUGGCUAUUCUGCUGCCAAUGUCAAUGAACUUCAAAGUCGCAUUAAGGAGCUGCUGAGCAAGUACAGCAGCGGUGUCAGACUGUCAAAGAUGCCUGAGAUAUAUCAGGAAAUGUACUGGGAGGACCUUAGCACAGAAGUGCUCUAUCAGCUUGAGAACUGGCCUCAUGUGUGCACAGUGGAGAAAAUCCAUGGAGGCGAUGCAAUUGAUGGAUUUCUUUAUCCUGCUAGGAAAAUACCACCAGCGGCAAAAAGGCAUGCUGACCAAGAAAAGGCAUCUCAGAAUGUUACUUCACCAAAAGCAGACCCUUUGUUAAAACCAGAUAUGGAGACCACACCUGCAGCACUCAAUAGCGACUUCAAGGCAAAAGUUGUUGGCAUCUUGCUGAAGUACUCCAGUGGUCUAUGGGCUCAUGCACUUCCCAAAGUGUACCAAGACACUUACCAAGUAAAAUUUCCAGAAGACAUUCUAAAUAAUCUAGAGUUGCUGUCAGACGUAUGUGUUGUCAGCUAUGUAUCUGAAGUUCCCAGUAAGGCGAUCCUCUAUGCUAAACCCCAGAGAUGUAUUGAUGAAAAUCUGAAUGUCACUGAGAAAGUCAAGAGUCACGAUGGUGAGAAGGCCACAGCUGAACAGCAGUAUGAAGAAUCCAAGGACCAGUACCUAGAAAACAUAACUGUUCCUUCUCUAAUUACUCCGUCAGAAGGAUCUGUGUCCAUCCUGGUGUUAGAAUUGAAAAACACUAAUGAGGUCCUGAUUAGGUAUGUGGGCAAAGAUUAUUCUUCUGCCCAGGAACAAAUGGAAGAUGAAAUGAAAGCAUACUACAGUCAGAACAGUACAGUGUCACCAGCUCAGUCUCUGAGUGUUGGGCAGCUUGUUGCAGUACAUGCUGUAGAAGAUGACUGGGUGCGUGCACAGAUAAUUUCUCUAGAAGACAACAGAGUAAAGGUAUACUAUGUUGAUUAUGGCUUCACUAAGUUUGUUGAAAGCAACAGUGUGUGCAGACUACAGAAACAGUUCAGAUCACUUCCUUUUCAAGCUGCAAAAUGUAAACUGGCAGGACUGGAAGCCUUCUCUGAUGAUCCUAUCCUAGUAAAGGCUGUGGAAUCACAGACAUGCUUCAAGAUAUUUGCUGUGGAAAUACUGGAAAGGAGUGAUACUCCUCUUCUUGUUCUCUAUGACACUUCUGGAGAAGAUGAUAUCAACAUCAAUGCUACUUGUAUGAAAGCUUUGUAUGACAAGUCCCUUGAACUGCACCUACAGGUAGAUGCACUAUAUACCAACGUCAGAGUAACCAGUGUUUUCUCUGAUGGGAGCCUGUAUUGUCAAGUGCCAUCCAAAGGCUUGUCUAGACUUUCUGAAAUACUGCAGAAACUAGAAGACUACUUUCUUUACAAGCAGACAUCAGAGUUCAAUGUAUUGAUACCUUUCUGUGGCAAAAUAUGCUUGUUUCCUUCCAAAGGAAAAUUGGCACGUGUAGAGAUAAAAAUUAUUCACACUAGACAGGCACUUGAUGUGCAAUUUAUGGAUAGUGGAACAGUUGCAACUGUAAAAGUAUCAGAGCUCAAAGAAAUCCCACCACAAUUCCUGAGAGAAGUAAUUGAAAUACCUCCUCAGGCUUUGAAGUGCUGUCUGGCAGAUUUGCCUCCUAAUACUGGCAUGUGGACUCCAGAUGCUGUACUGUGGCUGAGAGAUGCUGUAAUAAGUUGUCCUGAAUUUAGCAUGAAGGUGAUUAAACAGGACGCCUCAAAAGGAAUUGCACACAUUUACUUGUUUGCUCCAGAGAAUUUCCCAGACAUGGAUCGUAGCAUCAAUAGACAGAUCAAAAAUGCAGACUUGUGGAAGCAUCAGAAAGAUGUUUUCUUGAGUGUGACACCCAGUGAGACUAGCUUCACAGAGGCUGUAGGUGAUGCUGUUCCAGCUCUACAGUUACCUAGUGGGAAGCUGGAGAAGAGUUUUCCUGAUUUAGGCAGAGAACCCAGCAGUACAGUGUCCACCAUUGAGAUGCCGCCUCCUCUACCCUUGCCAAAGCCUGGUGACCUCAUGGAUAUCUACGUCUCAGUGGCCUGCCAUCCUGGUCAUUUCGUUGUCCAGCCUUGGAAUGAGCUUAACAAUCUGUAUGCCCUAAUGGAAGAAAUGAUCUUGUACUACAGCAGGGCAGAAGAGAAACCUGUGAUCGUUAAAAAAAAUGAGCUGUGUGCAGCUAAAAUUGGAGAUGAGUGGUACAGAGUCAUAAUAAAAGCGAUUCUUAAAAAUGGGGUUUUGUCAGUGUAUGAGCUGGACUAUGGCAAAUAUGAGGUUGUCAGCAUAGGGAAAGUACAGCCACUCCUGGAUACGUUCAGAAGACUACCUUUCCAAGCUAUCACAGCUCAGCUUGCAGGAGUGAAAAACCAGCAGUGGUCAGAAGAGGCAUCAAUAGUGUUUCGGAAUCUUGUAGAGAAGAAACCUUUUGUGGCACAGAUACAGGCAGUUAAUGACAGCACUUACUCUUGGGAUCGAAAAAUACUGACUUUUCUUGUGGACACAUCUCUUCCACAUAUUGAUACAUGGAUUCAUGAUUUUGUGUCUCAGAGUCUUGUGGAACUUUCAAAGGGUGAUUAAUCAUCACUUCUGCAAUGUAGCAGCUUAGCAAUAAAAUAAGUAACAGGCUUUGAAGAGAAAUAUAACUACUACAUGGCCUUGAAGUCAUAAUGGGGAUAAAAUUGAAAAAUCUGUGUUUGUGUAACAAGUUUGGAUUCUGUUGACUUCAGUUGACUUCCUGAAAUUUUCACCUUGUUUACCAUUGUAAUGCUAGAAUAUUUGAGUUAAAUUAUUUUAAAAGUUACUUAUCAAUAAAACAAUGUUCAAUUUU